AAGUCGCUGACGAGACAGUGAUUAAAUCUUUCCAAUUGAUUUGUACAAGUCGAUAACAGUCGAGUCGUUGCUGUAGUUUGUUUAUACUGUAGCCUACGUCCGCUAAAAUACAGCUUUAAAAAUGAAUUUUAAAGUCCGCGCUGCAAGAAAAGAGGAUUGUAAGGAAAUAUCUAGAAUGAUUAUGGAGUUGGCUGUGUAUGAGAAAAUGGCAGACCAGGUGAAGACUUCUCAUGAAGAGUUGGAGCGUGAUGGGUUCUCUCCAAACCCCUUCUAUGAAUGCCUGAUCGCUGAAGUGCCAGAUGAACACAAGACCAAAGAUGGGUACACCGUCGUUGGGUACGCCCUUUACUUCUACACCUACAGCACGUGGAAGGGGCGGUCCGUGUACAUGGAGGACCUCUAUGUAAUGCCUGACUUUAGAGGAAAAGGCAUCGGAAAGGGACUGAUGGCCAAAGUAGCUCAGGUAGGGGUGGAGAAGCAGUGUGUGCGGCUGCAGUUGUCUGUCCUAGAAUGGAACAAACCGUCACUAGAUUUCUACAUUGCCAAGGGUGCCGAGGACCUGACUGCCAAAGAAGGUUGGCACUUCUUACGGUUUGAUGGACAAACCCUGGACACAUUAGCUAAGGAAGCACCUAAAGAUUAGAGCAUUUUAUAGGCCUGGGUCUAGUUUAGUUCCGCCCAUAACAUCACACAGUGGGCAGGUUCAUUUUGCAUUGGUGGGUGGAGAUUUCACUUUUCACUUUAGGACUAAUGGAAACGCCGCUCAGCCGGAGCCCUGGGUGAUGCAAAACAAACAAACCCAGUCCUCCUUUAUGUUUAAUGUGCAUUUAAAUAUAGUCAAACAUUAUUACAUUUAUAUAUAUAUAUAAAGUUUGGACACAGCUACUCAUUCAAGCUGUCAUCAAGGCAAACG